CUCGGCAGCCCGGCCGCCCCGGCGCCGGCUCGCGGAGGGGAUUGGUGGAGCGCGCGAGGGAGAGAAUGUGACAAGUGCCCGCUUCGGCGGCCGCCCGGGGAGGCCGCGCGCACCUGUCCCUGCCUGUCUCGCGCCGCCCGCGGCCGCUCGGACGCGCGCACAGCCCCCCGCCGCCGCCUCCGCCGCCGCUGCCGCCGCCUCCGCUCCCGCCGCCGCCGCCGCUGCGUGCGCCGAGAACAUGACUUCUGCCUUCAAGCUGGAUUUCCUCCCGGACAUGAUGGUCGAGGGCCGCCUGCUCGUCGCUGACAGAAUUAACGGCACAGCCAACAAGAUGAACGGAGCUUUGGAUCAUUCAGACCAGCCAGACCCAGAUGCCAUUAAGAUGUUUGUCGGACAGAUCCCUAGGUCCUGGUCGGAAAAGGAGCUGAAAGAACUUUUUGAGCCUUAUGGAGCUGUCUACCAGAUCAACGUCCUCCGGGACCGGAGUCAGAACCCUCCCCAGAGUAAAGGUUGUUGUUUCGUAACAUUUUAUACAAGAAAAGCUGCACUUGAGGCCCAGAAUGCACUGCACAAUAUUAAAACUUUACCUGGGAUGCAUCAUCCCAUUCAGAUGAAACCUGCAGAUAGUGAAAAGUCAAACGCUGUGGAAGACCGAAAAUUGUUCAUAGGAAUGGUUUCCAAGAAAUGUAACGAGAAUGAUAUCAGAGUGAUGUUUUCUCCAUUCGGUCAGAUAGAAGAAUGCCGGAUUCUCCGGGGACCUGAUGGGCUGAGUCGAGGCUGUGCGUUUGUCACAUUUUCUACAAGGGCAAUGGCACAGAAUGCAAUCAAAGCCAUGCAUCAGUCUCAGACCAUGGAGGGCUGCUCUUCACCAAUCGUGGUGAAGUUUGCUGACACUCAGAAGGACAAAGAGCAAAGGCGCCUCCAGCAGCAGCUUGCACAGCAGAUGCAACAGCUCAACACUGCCACUUGGGGGAACCUGACAGGAUUGGGUGGACUUACCCCACAGUACCUAGCGCUUCUGCAGCAAGCCACCUCCUCCAGCAACCUGGGUGCAUUCAGUGGCAUUCAGCAAAUGGCUGGCAUGAAUGCUUUACAGUUACAGAAUCUGGCCACACUGGCUGCUGCCGCAGCUGCCGCUCAAACCUCAGCCACCAGCACCAAUGCAAACCCCCUGUCCAGCACAAGCAGUGCCCUGGGAGCCCUCACAAGUCCUGUGGCUGCUUCAACCCCCAAUUCCACUGCUGGUGCAGCCAUGAAUUCCUUGACCUCUCUUGGGACUCUACAAGGAUUGGCUGGAGCCACUGUCGGAUUGAAUAAUAUUAAUGCACUAGCAGUUGCUCAAAUGCUCUCAGGUAUGGCGGCUCUGAAUGGAGGACUUGGCGCCACAGGCUUGACGAAUGGUACGGCCGGCACCAUGGACGCCCUCACCCAGGCCUACUCAGGAAUUCAGCAGUAUGCGGCAGCUGCACUGCCCACUUUGUACAGCCAGAGCUUGCUGCAACAGCAGAGUGCUGCAGGCAGCCAGAAGGAAGGUCCAGAGGGGGCAAACCUCUUUAUUUACCACCUUCCACAGGAGUUUGGAGACCAGGACAUUCUGCAGAUGUUCAUGCCCUUUGGAAAUGUUAUCUCUGCUAAAGUCUUCAUUGACAAACAGACCAAUCUGAGCAAGUGCUUUGGUUUUGUUAGCUAUGACAAUCCAGUCUCUGCACAAGCUGCAAUCCAGGCUAUGAACGGCUUUCAGAUCGGCAUGAAACGCUUGAAGGUGCAGCUGAAGCGCUCCAAAAACGACAGCAAACCUUACUGAUCCUAACCCCAGACGCUCCCUGCUCUUAUUUUAGCUUUCUUAGGGUAAGUCCCACAAGCCAGCCUGUUCUUAACAGGGAAGGCAGAGGAGGGACCACAAUGCCAACUUUUACCAAGAGAGACGGUUAUUUUUACAAUAAGGCUUCCAUUUCUUCCACUCAUGCCCCACCCGAUCUGCCAUAAACCUGGGCUACCUUGUUUUUAUUGAGUAACCCCUCCUCCAAUUGUGCCACUGUAUUCUCUUUGUUUGCAAUUUGAAUAUCCUUACUCUUUUAAAAAAUUGUUUUGCUUUUUUAAAGAAAAACAUAUAAACAAGUAAAUGACAUCUUGAGAAUGUGAAAGGCAAGCAAACACUAAUGUGCAGUUCUAACUCUGAAGCACUGUGCCCCAAGAGCACUGCCUGGAGAACUCACCCCUCCUUGCCCACUGCCCCUCGGAGGGCCCCAUGGUUAGAGAUGCAUGGUGGCCCAGCCGAGGGAGAAGCCAGGAGAAGCACUUAAAACUCCACAAAACACCCUCCCACUACAUUGGUUUCUUUUAAUAUAAGUAGGAUUUUAUUUUAGGGUUCAAAGAAACAUGACAUUUAUUGGUCAGAUUAUUACACUGGUUGUCUAUUUUGUUAUUGUUUUAUUUUUGUUUUUAGAAAGGAUUAAUGUAAAAAAAGAUUUAGAGAUCUGUUUCUUAAAGCUACAGGGUUUAAAAAUAAAAUAAAAAUGAGUGAAAAUACUUGAUGUUUCUUGAAAGAUAAAUUUAAUAAUAAAUAAAUACAUAAAUAAUACAUAAAUAAAAAAGAAAGCCACAGGCCUGUAAAUUUUAUUUGUAAAAAAGCAUUUCUAUUUUUAUACAAAAUUUUUACUGCCUCAGAAAUAAUGGAAGUUAUUUAUUGCCUAUUGUUAACUUAUUGGGUAUCUAAAGAGCAGUUCUCUGUCUAGCUAGAACCUUCUGAAGUAGUCUCGAGAGGAAUUGUUCUAGGAAUGGGCUUUUUUUCACCGUUGAACCCUAGACCUAAAGUUCAUGCUUUAUCCUCUUGUCGUUUGUAUUUGUCUGAUUAUUUUGUUUGUAAUUUCCAUUAUCUAGUUUACAAUUCAGUUGUCUUGACUUCCCCAUAUGUCACCUUUGUUCAAACUGGACCCUCUCCGCUGUCCCUUGCUAGUCCUUCACCCCAAAACACCCAGAAUCCAUCCCCUCUCACUCUCUCCAGAUGGAUUCUCUUGGGGUUUCAUUGUGCUGUGGAAAAAGAGUGUAAGAAAUGCAAAUUACGUGAAUGGCUCAUAGACUCCCUGAAGACCUAAGAUUUGCAUUAGUUCUCUCCCGCACCCUUGAAAGUGAUGUUGUUGCUGCUGCGUAGACUUUGUGUAACUUCUGACUCUUCCUUGUUUUCUCCCCAGACAUCUUCAUGCCCGUUAGUCAUCGUUUGCCUAGCAUGUCCCUGUGGCGUCUCAAAACCAGUUUCAUCGUCCCGUCAUUGUUUCUGAUGUCUUUCUGACCUCACAUCAUGUUUGGUUCUCCUACUGACCUUUGAUCUAGUUUUGAUCUUUGAAAUUUGCAUGUGACCUCAUCUAGCUAUGAAUUCUGGGAAGUCAAUGUGAAAAACAUUGCUGCAUUCAUGCAAGACUGAAAUUAUUAGACAAAUUAUAGAAAACAAAACCUGUGGCAAAAAUGUUUCUUUCUUAUUUUUUUUUUCUUUUCAUAAAACAGACUUGAAAGUAUUACACAGGGAUUGGCAUUCUGCCCGGUCACUGAUGACAAUAGCAAUAUGUGUCCAGGGACACAGAAUGUUGGUUUCUAACAGACUACUUCCAAAAACAGUUUGAGAAAAAAAAAACUGUCUGAUUUUAAGUCUCUAGAGGUCUGUAAUAGUUUUUACAUUUUUCAGGCAGUGUAAAGUUUUUUGAUAAGGCCAUUUUAGGUGGCUCACUUUCUCAUUAAGAUAUAUAUAUAGAACCACUUUUUGUAGAUUAGUAUAAGAAAACUAUUUACCCUGUUUUGGGGCAAAUGCUACCUAUUUGUGUCACCUUUUGCUGAACUGACUCACAGUUAGACAAUCCAUGGUUUAAUGCACAUGAAAUUACCUAUAUUUUAUACUGUCCCAUGUACAGGAGAAAGGCUACUGUAAACUGCGUCCUGUUGGUGCUUCUGUGGAUUAAGUUGUGGUCUCAUCACGAGUCUUAAGGUCUUAAUGUUAUUUGUUGAUAAGACAAGCUUAGAAUUGGUUUACUAAAAACAUAAAAAAAAAGAAUUUCAAAAAAAAAAAGUUGUUUGCUUAAAAAAAUAAUUUCAUGUGAGAGAAAAAAAAAAAAACUAUUCCAGAAUAAGUUUUGUGUUGGCUUGAGAAGCAUUGAUGUCACUUUUUUUUAUUGUGGACUAUUAGAUGUGUUUGUGUUCAGCAAAAUGUGAUCUGUUUUUGUUUUUUCUUUUAAAGAAAAAAAGUGAAAACUAUCUAGUGCCAAAUUCCAAAGGUACUUCCUUCCUAGAGCUUCGCGUGUUUCCUGUGAGAAGUGAUUUGAUAACAUGGUAUUUUAUUAUGUGUUUUGUAUAAAUCCCUAAUAUUUAAAACAACAAAAAAAAAGGUUACAAAGUUUGUUAACUUGCUAUUCCGUGGUCUUGUUGCCUGAAAUUGUUAUUGUUUGUUAUUUCUCUAUGCUGUUUUUGUAAGACAUUGUAUAAGUGCCGUGUGUCACUUUUCUAACCUCUCCACAUCACUGCUGUGACGGCAGCCCUCACAAUGUAUUCUCUUCAUGAUAUCUGGAAACCUCUAAGGUGAGAAAGUCCUGAACUUUUAACCCUUUCUGUCCAGAGCUAUCUGGAAUGCUGGUGACUUUUUAUACUGUCAUCCUUUGGUUUGUUUGGGGGUGUUUAGAUUUUUUUUCCAUUUAUAUCUUCUGAGUUAUUUGUUUCUUGAGACACACACCCACCCAAAAAACCCUUAAGUCUUUUUCCUAAACCAUUUUUAUUUUCUUUUUUACCCCCUUCUUCCUAUUAUCCUGUGCGCCUUUAAAUUUAAGAGAUUGAGUAGAUUCUGUGAAGGUAAAAGUAGGUAGAGUUUAGCCCCUACACAAACCCUAAAAGACCAUGUCUGCUUUUUGAGAUCAGGUUUCAUGGUAUGUCCUAGUGUACAAUAUUUUUAUACAUCCUAGAGUUAAAUGGCUUUUUGGUGGUCCAGUCUUUCAAGAAAUUUUGCUUUUGUUUCUUAAACACCCCUAUGUGAAUCAGCCUUUGUUCUCGGGAUUCUCAGACUCCUGUAGACACCUGAAUAUGCAAGGUGUCCUCACAAAAAGGCCUCUGGCCUUUCCCUGCCUCUCUGGGUUUCUAGGAUGUUCUGAUCUUUAGCUGAACACAUUUCAAGUGGCUGGCCAUGUAAGAGGAGAUCAGCGCUGCUCUUCACCACAGUUACUACCAAAUACCAGGACUAGUUCCUGCUGUUGCUUUCAAAGUGCCAUAUUAAUCUGAGUCUGGCUUCAUAUAAGCAGAUGUCUUGUUCUGACAGACCCCAAUGUCAUACCUACAGUUCCAGCACACACCCAGCCUCUGGGGAAACAUACCUGCAAGCUUCUGGUCUCCGCUACCUUUCUCCCCCCACCCCCGCCCCCAUUUGAUUUAAUGUGUGUGUGAAUGUGAUAGCCCUGAGAUGGAAAGGCUUAGCCUCUCACAAUGCAAAAAAUAAAAAAUAAAAAGUCUCCUUAAAGCACGUGCACUUCCAAUGACAUGAUUCGUGUUAGCCCACACCUGUUUACUACUGCCGGGCGGGGCCUUCCUUCAUCCUUGAGGGCUAUUUUGUACUUUCUGCAGCACUCAGCUCAGUAACAGCGAUCACACACAUUUUUCAGUCUCUCUAUGGUGGUGUGUAGGUACACAUGUAGAAAUACAAGAGAAUACCAGUUGUAUUUCAUAGACCAUCUUGUUCAGAAUCUAUUUAUUUACCAAUGACAUAAAUCUCAAAAAAAGAAAAUCUUGAUUUUUUUUUCCCCCAUGGAAGCAAACUGCCCUCCUUCCUCUUGAUCCACCUGCGGGCCCCGCAGAGGCUUGGGCCAGGCAGGAACUUUCUGUUGAGUGUUUCUGAUUUUGCAGGCAACCAAGACAGUACAUUGAGGGGGAGGGUUUUGGUUUUGCAUGUUUCAUUGUUAGAAAGAUAGCCUUCCUCAGAGACGGACUGUCCUUUAGCUCAGUGUCUGAAGGGGAAGCUGCAAGGGUGCACAGGGCCUGUUUCCAGAAGACAGAACACAGGGAAACUGCAUUCUUAAAACUCAAGUGUAAAGCAUAGACUUUUAAACUCACUCAGAGAACUCUGAUCAGAUGGCACCUCCGAGGUGUGACAAGUUCAUCUUUCCUUCACCGAAGGGGUUCUAGGUCCUUGGCUUGUGCUACUCUGGAAUCAGUUGCUGUUUCUGUUUAUUAUCUUAAGUGCUAAUUAAAAAAAUAAAUAAAACUUAAAAAAAUGUAGUUUCAUUACCUUUUGAAUAAUGUCAUACAAAAAUGUAUUUGUGUUUUUGUGCUGUGGGAAUUGUUGUUUGUAGAUUAAUAAUACCAUUUUGUUUAGAACUACAAAAUAGUUUUUAAAUAUUGUCUGAGAAAAGCCAAAGUUAAUGCAACCUAGUGGAAACUGUAAGACCAUUUGAGUAUUGUUUCUGUUUUAUUGAUGCAUUUGGAUUUUGUUGUUUGAUGGAAUUUGAGCCAAAAAACAAAAAUGCAGGCUUUCCUAUUUCUACAACUGAUUGUACUUAUGCAUUUUGUACCAGUGGGAUUUUUUAUACUGGAGAUUAAAAAAAAAUGGAAAUUUUUGUGGCUUACUCUUGUGGGCCCCCUGACAAUGACUGAUUUCAAGUUUGAUUUCUGGUUGAUAGAAAGAAAGUUGCUUUUCUUUUAAGAAUUAAAAACUUUGGCUUGAUUUCUUUUUUUCCCUUUGCUUAUAUCUAGCAUUAGAAUUUUGUCUUAAAAUACAGCGGUAAGUUUCACUCUUUAUUCUGUACUGUGCAGUUACACAAUAAGAUAAUUAGAUUAGAAGUACUCAGUCACUUUAAGUGGAUAAAUGUAUUAGUUAAACUUUAGGAGUUUGCUUUUUUGCUGUUUAGAUCGAAGUUUUUUCUGACCCUCCUGUCCUCAUUGUGAACAUAACCGUGUAGUUGAAACAGUCAGACUUAUUUUUGUAAUGUAUGUUAUUGUGUGAUGCGGUUUUUUGCUUCUGUCUCCAAUAUUAAACCAUUUUCCUAAUACUUGUUUCU